AUGGCGGCCUCCGGUGAGGUCGCGUCGCUGCCGUCUCCGGCGGGCGGGGAGGAUGCGCACCGCCGCCGCGUGAGCUAUUUCUACGAGCCGUCGAUCGGCGACUACUACUACGGGCAAGGUCACCCGAUGAAGCCCCACCGCAUCCGCAUGGCGCACUCGCUGGUGGUCCACUACGGCCUCCACCGCCUCCUCGAGCUCUCUCGCCCCUACCCGGCCUCUGAGGCCGACAUCCGCCGCUUCCACUCCGACGACUACGUCGCCUUCCUCGCGUCCGCCACCGGAAACCCGGGUGUCCUCGACCCGCGCGCCGUUAAGCGCUUCAACGUCGGUGAGGACUGCCCCGUUUUCGACGGUCUCUUCCCCUUCUGCCAGGCCUCCGCGGGGGGAAGCAUCGGCGCCGCCGUCAAGCUCAACCGCGGGGAUGCCGACAUCACCGUCAACUGGGCUGGCGGCCUCCACCACGCCAAGAAGAGCGAGGCCUCCGGUUUCUGCUACGUCAACGACAUCGUCCUUGCCAUCCUCGAGCUCCUCAAGUUCCACAGGCGUGUGCUAUAUGUAGACAUUGAUGUCCACCAUGGAGAUGGCGUGGAGGAGGCCUUCUUCACUACAAACCGAGUCAUGACGGUUUCCUUUCACAAGUAUGGGGAUUUUUUCCCUGGUACUGGACAUAUAACUGAUGUUGGGGCGGCCGAAGGGAAGCAUUAUGCACUGAAUGUUCCCCUGAGUGAUGGUAUCGAUGAUGCCACCUUUCGUGAUCUGUUCCAAUGCAUCAUUAAGAAAGUUAUGGAGGUUUAUCAGCCAGACGUGGUUGUCCUCCAAUGCGGAGCUGACUCUUUGGCUGGAGACAGGUUAGGUUGCUUCAACCUGUCUGUGAAGGGUCAUGCUGACUGCCUCCGUUUUCUUAGGUCGUACAAUGUUCCUAUGAUGGUUUUAGGUGGUGGAGGUUACACCAUCAGAAACGUUGCACGCUGCUGGUGCUACGAGACCGCAGUUGCUGUUGGAGUUGAACCUGAUAACAAGCUGCCUUACAAUGAUUACUAUGAAUACUUCGGCCCUGAUUAUACUCUUCAUAUCCAACCAAAAAGUGUUGAAAACCAGAAUACUACAAAGGACUUGGAGAACAUAAAGAACAUGAUAUUGGAGAACCUGUCAAAGAUAGAACAUGUUCCCAGCACUCAAUUCCAUGACAGGCCGUCAGACCCUGAAGCUCCAGAGGAGAAAGAGGAGGACAUGGACAAGAGGCCACCUCAGCGCAGCAGAUUAUGGAGCGGAGGAGCUUAUGACUCUGAUACAGAGGAUCCUGACAACCUGAAAAGUGAGAGUAAAGACGUAAUUGCCAACUUGCAGAUGAAGAGCUGUAUUGCUCUUUCUUUGAUGGAUUGA